GUUCUUUCAAUAAUAAAUAACAAUGCAUGCAAUAACAUAAGUUUAGGAGCAAAUCCGGAAAGAUUUAGUUUUGAUACCAGUACCAGUACAAUUUUCCGAGUUAAUACAGAUGAGGCUCGAGUUAGAAAUUUUUCAACAAAAUGUUAAUGGAGACGGUGGUGGAAUUUUUGAAUUGAAAAUUUCUCAAAUAGGAUUUAGUAUAUUCAACAUUCCACCACGUUGCAUGAAAUCGCAAAUUAAUGUAUACUUACCACAACAAAUUGGAGGAACCUUAGCUCCAAAUACGAUUCAAGUCAAAAACCAGGAUAUUACAAUGGUGGGAAAUGAUAUACCAUAUCAACAAGACAUCAAUUUAAUCACAUCUGAUGGAGAUGUAAAGUUAAACGGCAUUAGGGCGCAAACCUUAAAUAUUCGAACUGACGAUGGAGAUAUUGUAGGUUCAAUAACAUCUAUUUCAAAUGAACUUAAUAUUUUAACUGACGACGGUGAUUUGAGUUUAAUUUUGGGAAAUGCUCAAACCCCUUUUACUUCAAAAUUCACAAUUACCACUGACGAUGGAGAUGUUGAAUUAAAAUUUGUAAGUGAAAAAUAUGUGUGUGUAUUAUUGUCAAUUUUUUUUUCUCUUAAUUUUAUAUUUAUUUAUUUUUUUUAUUUUUUUAACAGGAUGGAAAUUCAUUCUCAGGAAAUUACAGCAUUCGAACAAAUGAUGGUUCUAUUCAAAUAGAUAACACCAGGUUUGGAAAUCAAGUUGUUGGUGCAACUAGUAUUAAUAAUGACAUUUUAGAGUAAAGUAUAAUGAACAAAAUUAUGCAUUACAAAGUAUUUUAAAAAGAAGGGUAGUUGAAUAUUUUUCUUCUUUUUUUCGUAUGUGUAAGUCUAUGUUAUAUUAUUCUUUUUAUUAAUUCUAGAUCCUUUAAUAAAUUUAAGAAAUAUAUGUAUUAAAACAUAUAUACAGUUUAUACUUAAAUCUAUUUUUUAUUAGUAUUGCAAAUUUUU